CUCCCCACUCCAUGGUUCCGUGUGUACGGGGAUGGACUGGGAAGUAGAGAGGUAGCGGAGGAGAGAGGAUACUGUGCAGGUCUUCCCCCUGGCCUCAGGCAGGCCUCGGAUCCAGAUAUUAUUUCUCCAUCCCCGAUUAUCCAUAUCGUCCAAUGAUCUCUGUAAGUGUGCUAGGUGUUCGUUGACUGAGCACUUUCCCUCUUUCUCAGCAACAUGAGGCUGAAGCUCAGAAAUAUCUUCUUGGUUUACUUUGUGGUCUCCAUUUUUGGUCUCCUGUAUGCUGUUCUGCAACUUGGACAGCCAUGUAAUUGCUCACAAAUUUUGCGGGAAGGCAGGGGGCGGCAUAAUCCUGUAAGCCCCAAAGAACCUGGAAACCAAGGUGGAGUAGACCAACUGCCCAUUAUAUAUGUAGUGACACCAACCUAUGAACGUCCCCACCAAAGAGCAGAACUUACCCGCUUGUCUCAAACAUUGCUUCUGGUACCUGCUCUGCACUGGAUCCUUGUAGAAGACUCUUCAGUACGCUCACCUUUAGUAGCAGAUUUGCUGGCGCAGAGUGGUUUACAUUACACUCACUUAAAUGUCCAGACUCCACCACCCAUGAAGCUUAAGGAAGGAGAGCCAAACUGGCUAAAGCCCCGGGGUGUGGAGCAGCGUAAUGAGGCUCUCCGCUGGCUAAGGGUGCACCAGUCACCCAUGGACCGAGGAGUUGUAUAUUUUGCUGAUGAUGACAAUACCUACAGUGUCAAUAUCUUCAAAGAGAUGCGUCACACGCAGAAAGUCUCUGUCUGGCCAGUUGGGUUGGUCGGGGGCCUGCGGUACGAGGGGCCACUGGUAGAUAAAGGCAGAGUUGUUGGAUUUCACACCGCUUGGAAGACACACAGACCAUUUCCCAUAGACAUGGCGGGAUUUGCAGUGUCUUUGACACUGCUCUUAAUGCAUCCAGAGGCUCGGUUUGACCCCAAUGCAGAGAGGGGCUUUCUGGAAAGCAGUCUUUUGGGACAGCUAGUAUCAGUGGAAGAUCUGGAACCUCGAGCAGAUAAUUGUACUAAGAUUUGGGUCUGGCACACAAGAACCGAAAAACCAAAGCUCAAACAGGAAGAAGCGCUGGAGAAACUAGGAAGAGGAUCAGACCCCAAUGUACUUGUGUGAUCUUAAUUUAGAAUGUUAUGUACAGAUAUCAUCUUCAUGUAGAAGCCAGACCCCAAUGUGCCGGCAUGAUCGUAGUGCAGACCCUACUGUACAGAUAUUACCGUAACACUGAGGUCAGACCCUACUGUACAGAUAUUACCUUAACACUGAGGUCAGGUCAGAUGCUAAUGUACAUUGAUGAUCUUCAUUCACAUCACCUCUGAUUUCUGUAAAAAAUAGUUCAUGGACAAUUAUGCACCUAGUCACAUGGGUCAGUCACCAGUGUACAUUGUAUGUUUUAUUGCAGAGCUCUCACCCAAGACAGCUCCAAAGCAGAGUUACCCCAUUUCAACUUCUGUAGCAAAUGGAUUUCUCAACCUCACAUUGGAAAAAACUAGGAUUUCUGAAUAGUGCCAUUGUUUGUAGCUAGCCCUAGCACAAGGAAAACAGACUUGGGGAUUACUCUUCGGGCAUUAUUUCCACAGUAGUUCCUGCAAGUGCUCCCUUAUAUCCCUCCCUAUCUGUGCUAUACAUAGAAGUAUGCAGUAUUAAGUGUCUCUCUAGUACUCAGAGUCAUUGCAGUAUUGAAAAAGUAAUUCAACGUGACUGUAAGGACCAAAUAACUAGCGGUGACCUCAAGGAGAGUUUAGACUUUGGUGAUCUUUUCACAGAUAUUGGUUUGAAAUGUACUGACUAUGAAUAGGUACAAUCCCACUUGUGAAAUAGUGAUGACAGCACCCAAUCAACCAUACGGCAGAAGCCAGUCUAUGAAUUACAGGUUACGUCUGAGAAGUAAUAAAGCCAUAAUACAUUGGUCAGACUUGCACGUAUUAAAAAUCCUUAAUUAAAAUGUUAUGGUCUUGGUAGAGGCCAGCAAAAUACAACAGAAUAACAUGACCUUAAGAUUGAGGUCAGAUGUACAUAUGUAAUUUUAUUAUGGAAGUCAAUUAAAUAUGAGGACAGUAGGGUGGGUUUCUUCUCAUAGAAAGUUCCUUGUUACGCACUCCAUUUAUUUUCUGUGCUGUCAAGGCAUGAUAUCUUGGAGAAGAGAAACUUUAGUACAUGGGGAUUAAGUUACUACAUUGAUACUACAUUAUUACUUCGGGGAUUGGAAGGGUUUAUUUUAUGAAACUGUGUUCAUGGUAUUCCAUUAUUUAAUUCAGGGUUAUUUAUAUGGAGGCUGAGGUGUAUCAUAUGAAUAAACAAACUGUGACAACAAA